AUGGCUAUCACCCGAUCUAUGACUCGCGGGAACCGGCCACCCCCACCACCACCCCCCACAAGGGAGGAGAUCGCCGCAGCCAAGGCCGCCAAAGCAGAGGAAAGGGCGGCAGCCAAGGUAGCGCGAGCGAGGGCCAAGGCUGUUCGGGAGCAGAAUAAGGCAGCCAAGGCCGCAGCAAAGGCUGCCGGAAAGACCACAAGGGCCAAAGCAAGCAAACGAGCCAAGGCGUCCAAGGCCACGACCAGCAAGAAGGCUAAGACGACCAAGGCACCUAAGGCACCCAAGAAGGCACCGCUCUCCACCAAGCGCGUCUAUGAGGAAGAUGAUGAAAGCGAAGAGGAGCCUGAUCACAAGCGCCGUAGAACAUCCGAGUCUGGGAGUGAGUCUGGUAGUGACUCCGGUGUCUUUGUCGACUACCCUUUCCAGCGAACCUACCGAGGCAAGCCCCCAAGUCAGGCAGAGUCAAUCCCUAUCGACAUUAGGGAAUGGACGUACUCGAAGCAUCUUCCUCAGCCCGAGGGCAUGCAGACCAAGAUCAAGGGCACUCUCCCCCAGAUCCACAUUGGAGGAUCUGCCCCUCAGCCUCGUUGGCUGGUUGCCCAGAGCCUGUCUCUGCCCGCGCCUCCUGCGGCAGGCUUCCGACGCAAGGCAUCAGGUAGUUCCAGCUCUACCGACUACGGUAGCUUGGUCUGGUACUUGGACGAGGGCAACUACAAGUCCUGGAAGGGACUGGAGUAUCCCCAACUCUUCGAGUUGGCAUACCGAUGCUUCGAGCACGCACUGAAGGACGAGAAGCUGAGCAGCAAGAUCUAUGAGACUCUCGCCGAUGGACCUCUAGCCAAGCAUGUGACGAUGAAUGAAGGAUGGGAGCCUGCUCUGCCCCCACCACCUUUCACGAGGUACUUCGGGUUCACGGAGACGCGUCUUUGGGAUGCUCCCGAGUCAAAGGGUCAAGGUUAUUACUUCACUGACCAUGAGCGUCCGACACUGGCUGCUCGGCCCCUCAAGUCUUCGAUAGAGCCUUACCAGCACAUGUUUGCCACUAAGCUGAAGGGUCAGAUCAACACUUCGUCGGAUGCAGGCACUGAUGCGAGCAGCUCCAAAUCUGUAAGCAAGCCUGUUCGGAGCCGAAUCGUUCAGUCCAGGAAGAGUUCGGUGGCGUCAGUCCCUGAAUCGGAGGUUCAGGAGUCGGAUGAAAAGCCGGAGCCUUCUCGCGCUCUGGGCAGUCAAAAGGUUAAGAAAGAUGUCUCCGAAGCAAACUCCGUCGCUAGUGGCGAAUCUGGAAGCGAAUCCGAAGGCGACUCUGGAAGCGACUCUGAAGGCGACUCUGGAAGCGAAUCUGAAGGCGAAUCCGAUGUCGGAUCCCAAGGCGAGUCCGAAGCCGAAUCCGGAGAUGACGAGCCAGUCUCGGACAAGAAAUCUGAACGACCCUCCAAGAGCGACAAGCCUGGUCCUCAGUCCCGCAGCGAGGAUAAACUGGGGGGCAAAAGAGGCGCAGAGUCGCCUCUUGAGGGAGAAGUGAGAAAGGAACCCCGGUUAGAGGGCGAUGGUGCUAAGUCGGCCGCACCGGGGGGUUAUGUGGCUCAAGUUGGGCCAGUCAAGCAGGGAGACAAAAGAGGCGCGUCGCCUCUGGAGGGAUCAAAGAGAAAGAAACAGAGGAUAGAAGGUCCAUUGGCGAUUGGAACGGGGAAGGAUAAGGGAGCGGAUAGGGACUUGGAUUCGACUCCAUCAGCAUCUCCAAUAACGCCGGAUUUCAGCGAUCAGUACUUUACUGAGGCCAAGGCACUUUGCGCGGACAAGGCAAAGAGGACCGAGUAUUUUCCUGAUCCUGAUGCUGUUCGGGGAGUUCGGAUGUGGUCUGGAGAGGAUACUACAGCGAAUGCAGCAAACUUCGAUGCUGUCUUGCCCGUGUGGGCUGACAAUCAUCGGCCGUUUAGUCCGUGGGUUCAGGCCCCUGGUCCCGCUGCUGUCAAACCAGGAGGCAAAAAGAAGGCCAAAUCCCCCGAUGGACCGAAGAAGCCGAAGCCAUUGUCUGAGUUCACAUUUGGACCAUUUUGA